UAAAUUAGUGUCGGUAGGAGUGUCUUGUGGUAGUCUGGUGGAGUUAACUCAGCCCCUCUGCUGUCGUGCGGACAAACCGCCCUGGGCACAUUCCGCUCCUUUUGUCCCUACCAACUUGGACAGAAUGGACGAUUGAUACUGUUAGAUUGAAAGCGUGUUAUUCGAAGCUCUUGGCUCUAAUUCAGUGUGCUGUAGCAGGUCUAAUUCAGUGGCUGAAUCACAUGGCAAUGACUGGAGCUGGAGUAAUGAGAGGCCAUGAGCUCAAAGACCCGCUGUUUACAUCGCACAGCUUCUCAAUACAACCAACCAUGAGAUCAAAUUGUGGAUAAUCAGUUUCCACCACGAUCACCUUGGAUCUAUCCAUCUCUCAUAUACGCGAUGUCCCAUGUCUGUCGCUCGUCUUUUAUGUUGCUACGCCACGCUUCUGCAGUGACGGGACACUGCUGUUAUUAACAGGCUAAGUGCUUUUCGACAGACUCCAUCAAUUCCCAUUAUUCCACAUUUUCAUUAAAUAUGUAAAAUGAGAAAUAGAAUUGAUUUUAUCAUGCACUGUGCUGAAAGACAACAAUAUGUCUCUUUGAAUAGCUUUUGGUAAAUGCGAGAAAAUUCCUUUGCCUCAAUACCGCUGUAUCAGUGUUAGCUUACAUUUAUAGGCUAAUUACUGUUUAUAAAGGUGUAACUGUUUUAAUAAGUUAUCUUUCACUGCUAAAAUCUUUAAGAGCUUUCAUAGUUUAUAGCAUUUAAUGUUUACAAUUUGAUUCCCAAAUAAUGUCAUACGUAAUUCCGCUAUUUUUCUUAUUUAUAGAGUUUAUAAAAGAUAAGAUAUGCCUUAGCUCAAAUGGGAUUCAGAUGAAUCUAAUUGAGAUUCUUUUUCUCUUUCAUGAUCUUUUUCAUCACAUGAGCUUGGGUGAAAGAAUCCCCUGUGAAAUCUCUAUUAGAUUACCAACUAACCACCAUCACAUGCAACCGAUCAGUGCACAAACCCUUAUGCGUGAAAAUGAGAGAGAGAGAGAGAGAGAGAAACACAAGCUACCCUAUUAGAUAAAUAUCCACUCUGCACAAUAAUGACCUUUAGUUUCAUUAUUGACAAACGAUGUAAACAACAUUAAUAAGCACAAAGAAAUGCAACAAAUAAGCACACUUAUCACUUGUUCUUCAGUUUGCAUGAUGUAUGGAUAUUCUGAUCUUUCAGUUGCUUUCAUGUUUACAGUGUACUGUUUAUUUGUUGAGGUCUGAUAUCUGAACACAUUAUAUUUCAGGCUAUCAUGGGAUGCCUCUUCCGAAGUGAGGAGAUGUGUCUGGUCCAGCUCUUUCUCCAGGCAGGUUCAGCUUACAACUGCGUCAGUGAGCUUGGGGAGCUGGGCUUAGUUGAAUUCAGAGACCUGAACCCGAAUGUGAACGCCUUUCAAAGGAAGUUUGUUUCAGAAGUGAGAAGAUGCGAGGAGCUGGAGAAAACCUUCAAGUAUCUGGAGCAAGAGAUCAGCCGUUCUCUCUGUCCGCCUCUGAAAGGGCCUUUACCCACAGCCACACCAAUCCCAUCAGCCCCACAACCUAGAGAGCUGCUCUCCAUUGAGGAGGAGAGCGAGAGACUGGCCAGAGAACUCAGAGAGGUAUCAAGGAACAGGGACAGUCUACGUAACCAGCUGACCCAGCUCAGUCAGUACAGAGGGGUCCUGAAGCAAAGCAUUUUACUACCAACCUCACAGGUUCCACCUUCAACUCUUGAGACCACAGCACUAAUGGAUAGCAGGCAAGAUAUGCGUUUGAGUUUUGUCACUGGCGUGGUCCAUCCGUGGAAGGUUCCAGCAUUCGAGAGGCUGCUGUGGAGGGCCUGUCGUGGUUACAUCAUUGUAGACUUCUGGGAGAUGGAGGAAAGACUGGAAGUGCCCGACACUGGAGAGAUGAUUCAGUGGACUGUCUUCGUGAUCUCUUUUUGGGGAGAGCAGAUUGGGCAGAAAGUGAAGAAGAUCUGUUAUUGUUUCCACACACAUACCUUUGUGUAUCCAGAGGGUUUGGAAGAGAGAGAAGGAAUACUUCAAGGGCUGGAAAGCAGGAUUGUAGACAUCAAAAUGGUGCUGUCUCAGACGGAGCAGUACAUGCAGCAGCUGCUGUCUCGCUGUGUGUGUCACAUGCCACAGUGGAAGAUACGUGUGCAGAAGUGUAAAGCUGUGCAGAUGGUGCUCAACCUCUGCAGCCCUUCAGUCACAGAGAAGUGUCUCAUCGCAGAGGCCUGGUGUCCUGUGGCCAAACUCUCCCUGCUCCAGAGCGCUCUCAUAGAAGGAACGAGAAAGAGUGGUAGCAGUGUGGACUCGUUCUACAACCGUCUUCCUGCACCCACAUCUCCACCAACACUCUUCGACACCAACACAUUCACUUCCAGCUUCCAGAUCAUUGUGGAUGCUUAUGGUGUGGCCAGCUACAGAGAGGUCAACCCUGCUGUGUACACCAUCAUUACUUUUCCCUUCCUGUUUGCGGUGAUGUUUGGAGAUGUAGGUCACGGUUUACUCAUGACUUUGGCUGCUCUGUGGAUGAUUCUGGAAGAAAGAGACCCUAAGAUGAGGAAUAACACUAAUGAGAUUUGGCGUAUGCUGUUUAGUGGGAGAUAUCUGAUCCUUCUGAUGGGGUUGUUCUCCAUCUAUACUGGGGCUGUUUAUAAUGAGUGCUUCAGUAAAGGACUCAGUCCUCUUUCUUCUGGCUGGCAUCUCAAACCCAUGAUGCAACACUACAACUGGAGUGAUGAAACUUUGAGGAGCAACCAGUACCUCACUUUGGAUCCGAACGUAACUGGAGUAUUCCAGGGACCAUAUCUGUUCGGCAUUGACCCGAUCUGGAGCCUUGCCAAUAACCACCUCACCUUCCUCAACUCCUAUAAGAUGAAGAUGUCAGUCAUCAUCGGAGUCAUCCAUAUGACUUUUGGAGUCUGCUUGUCUUUCUUCAACUACCUGUACUCGGGGGAUGUGAGCAGCAUGUUCCUGGUGUUGAUUCCUGAGCUAGUGUUCAUGCUGUGUCUUUUUGGCUACCUUGUCUUCAUGGUGGUGUUUAAAUGGAUCGCGUUUGGACCUCAGGAUUCGGACCGCGCUCCCAGCAUCCUAAUCCACUUCAUUGACAUGUUCCUGUUUUCUGAGAACUCAGACAACCCACCUCUUUAUCCAGGACAGAUGAUAGUGCAGAGAGUAUUAGUGUGCUUGGCUCUGCUGGCAGUUCCAGUGUUGUUACUGGGAAGACCACUCUUCCUGUACUUCAGGCACAGGAAUAACAGGAGAACGUUACAGGAGGAGCAGCGCCCCCUAGUCACAGACACCAGCUCUAUAAACGCUCAACUAGGAGACCUAGAGGGAGGAGGAGGAACAGAGGAUCAGGAAUUUGAUUGCACGGAGGUUUUUAUGCACCAGGCGAUCCACACCAUAGAGUACUGCCUGGGCUGCAUCUCUAACACCGCAUCGUACCUUCGACUUUGGGCCCUCAGCCUUGCACAUGCACAGCUGUCCGAGGUUCUCUGGGUUAUGGUGAUGAGAAUUUCCCUCUCUUGGCAAGGCUAUGUGGGAUCUGUUGUUCUGUCAGUCAUAUUCUCUGUCUUCGCCAUCCUCACUGUCUCUGUCCUGCUGGUAAUGGAGGGGCUGUCAGCUUUCCUGCAUGCUCUGCGUCUGCACUGGGUGGAGUUUCAGAACAAAUUCUACAGCGGAUCUGGAUACAAGUUCAAUCCUUUUUCCUUUGCAUCAAUUCAGCAUCUGGAGUAAAUAUAAACAUUCUCUGUAAAAUGUUUUAUACGUCAAGUUAAAGCUGGAUGGGUCAACCCAUGGUAGUAAAAAAUGAUUUAUUAGAGGGAUUGUUCACUCUGAAAUUCUGUCAUUAACUCAUCACCGUGUUUUGAUUUUGUGGAAAACACAAUGAGAUAUUUUGAAGAGAAGGUCCUCACUGCAGCCAAUGGACAGAGCUUGAUGUCCAGCUGCCCUAUGGGUGGAGAUUAAAGGCCCAAGCACAGAGAUCUUAAUGCUGAGCAUAAUGUAUGGAUUCCAAAACAUGCACAAUACUAAUAAAGGCUUUUGUAUCUUAGAA